AUGAGAUCUUCAAGUAUGAGAAAUGUGCUCCGACUUCUGGAUCAUAUCGGCAGCGUUCUCUCCGUUCUGGCUUUAGUGUUGAUUUACAACCAUGUCACAAAGAAGCACGAAAUAGGCGAGUUGAAAAGAUUACAGAACAUACGGCUGAAAGAGGUUUCAACAAAAACUUCGGCACCACAAGAUGACAAUAAGAAAAUUAUGGGAAAAAUAGCAGUUCAAGUUUGGUCAAACGUUUGUGGCGGAAAAUUGUCAAAUUUGAUUAACUCUCCUUUCUUUCCACGGUUUUUCGACGAGUUAUACUUCAUUUCAAACACGAGGAUUCAGUUAAAUCGAAGCAACUAUGGCCAGCGUGCAUUCGGUUAUUUACAUCCACCAGAAACCGGUUAUUACAAGUUUGUUCUAUAUUCCGAUGAUGGAUCAGAGUUCUGGUUUGGUGCAAAUGAAAGCUUGGCGAGUUUAAAACUUGCCGCGAACGUGGCCAUGCGUGAUCACGUAGGAAGCGCUCCUGUCGGCGAAAUUCGCUUCGAUUCACAGAUUUCCGAUGAUUUUCUGCUCGAAAGGGGAAAUAAAUACCCCCUGGAGAUUAUUCAUCUUCAAGGCACCGACGCUGAUUUUGUGGAAUUGCACUGGAUUCGACCUGGGAAACAUUAUUUGGAGGUCAUAACAUCGGAGUACAUUUCGCAUUCUGCAGAAUCGCGCCUCGUAUCUCAAAUUGAGUUUUCGAAGGCUUCAUCGGAUAGCCAAUUAAAAGUUACAAAGCCUUAUCUCGUCUCGUUCCUCACGGACAGUACUGUGGAACGCACGCUUCCCACGUGCAGCUAUACGCUUCCAAACGCGACUAUGCCGAAUAUACCCCGUUUCCAUGGAUACAAAGCUAUUCAAGAAAUAAUCAGAGUAACUAAUAAUGACCGGAAAUGGCAGGAUAAUGUGAAAGCAAAGUUGGUGGUAAAUCUUUUUAUGGCAGGACUCGAAAAAGUUUUCCCAAAGUAAGUCUGUAUCUUGCAAACUCUCAAACGAUAAUUUAAUUUCGCAACAGUACCUCAGUCAAUAAGUCAGUUGGUCAGUCGGCGGGCCAGUCAAUAAGCCAGUCAGUCAAUUAAUAGGCAGUGAGUCAGCGAGUCAGUCAGUGAGUCAGUCAGUCAAGAAUCAUUGAGGCAGUAAGUCGGUGAGUCAGUCAGUGCGUCAAUGAGUCAGUCAGUCAGUCAAUAAUCGACGAGUGAGUGAGUGAACGAGUGAGUCAAUCAAUAGUCAGUGAGAGUGAGUCAGUGAGUCGGUGAGUCAGUGAGUCGGUGAGUCAGUGAGGCAGUGAGUCAGUGAGUCAAUCAAUGGUCAAAGAGUUAGUGAGUCAGUCAAUCAGUCAGUCAAUAGUCAGUGAGUCAGUCAAUCAGUCAAUCAGUCCAUCAAUAGUCAGUCAGUCAGUCGAUCAAUAGUCAGCGAGUCAGUCACUCAGUCAAUCAAUAGUCAGUGAGUCAGUGAGCAAGUGAGUAAGUCUGUAACUCAGCCAAUCAAUAGUCAGUCAAUUACUGAGUCAGUCAAUCAGUCAAUCAAUGGUCAGUGAGUCAGUGAGUGAGUGAGUCAGUAAGUCAGCCAAUUAAUCAGUCAAUCAGUGGUCAGUCAUUCAGGGGGUCAGUGGAUGGGUUGGUGGCUCUUCCACUUAUUCAUUCAUGCAUUCCCGAAUUCAGUCACUCAUUCAGUGAGGAAGUCAUUCAUUCUCUUAUUCAGACAGUCAGUCAUUCUUUCAUCCAUUAAGCCAAUCAGUCGGUAACCUACUCGGAUUGUCAACCUGUCUUUCAGUCUAAUAUAAGGCAUCAGUAAGAAAAAAUACAUAUAUGCUCUUGAUAUGGACAAGAAAAAAAAGGGUCCGCUGGACCUCAUUCUCUUUUGAUAGAGAAAGGAACAUAAGAACUUAAAAAAUGACUAAAGUUACAAUAACUAGAGUUCUUUCGGCAAUUUUUUUUAAUCAUUCUCCAGAAAGUACCUCGUCAAGAGAGUUCUUACCCUCGAGCGUAUGGCAACAAAACAAGAGAGCAACGCUGUUCUUUAUUUUCUUGAGAUAGAAUUAAGCUGUGAUGCUUUAGAUUACACAGAAAGAGUCGCAGAGUAUGUCUAUUUACAAAAGAACGAAGUUGGUAAAAACUCACAAGAGAAGGACGUGCAACUUUGUUAUCCGAGGGAUCUGGGCUGGAAGAAGGAAAUUUCAGUUCAUUUGAUUAUUGCCGUUGAUCGUGAAGGUCAACGGCUGCAUCGUUUUAUUGAAAGAGUGGAACAAAUUGUGCGAGAGAGCCUAGAGGUCGAUUUUCAGUUGGUGAUUGUUCACUCUGGAAAAUCGGGCUUAGACGUCGAAAGGACUUUGCAAGCCACUUCGUUGCAGAAGUACAAGGUUGAAAAAUUGAACGGGGAGUUCUCUUUGACGCGCGCCAUUAAUUCUGGAGUAAGACUGGUGCGGAGUUCACAGAGUAUUGUUCUAACUAGUGACGUUCAUACGGAUUUGCCAGCGGAUAUUUUUGAAAAUUGUCGAAAGGUAAGCUCUAGAAUGAUGAAGCUCAUUCUGUUGAUUAUUGUUAACUUGAUCUAAAUGUUAUUUGCUCCUUUGGGUCACAGCACUGCAUAGAAGGGAAGAUGAUAUUUGCACCAGUCCUUUUCGGCUUGAACUGUGGGGCGUAUCCUGCUGAACCGCAUGGAUCAUGGGAUGACCGGGGUUACCAAACGAUCGGCAUUUACAAGAGCGACUGGGAUCGGCUUGGAGGUUAGGAAGGUUUUUUUUUUCAUACUGUUUUUGAUAAAACAGUGCUAAGGGUACUCGGAGUUUCAUUGGUUAUGUUUGACACGCUUUCCAAUUUUUUAGAAAACUGGGGCUUUCCUCCCAGCAAUCGGAUGUAAAACUGAAGCUUCUCGUGCCUUGGUCACUCGAGUUUUCCGAUGGGUCAUGCAAUUUCCUUUUUUAACUCCGUGCUCUCAUUGAUUCCUUUCUUAUUGGGCAUUGUCGUUUGAUUUUGUGACAAUUAAAAUGCGCCUUGAUCUUUUUUUCUCUACCACAUGGCGAAUUCAUCUCAGAAAAUCGAAACUGCAGCAGUUGAUCUUUUCAUCCCUCAUUCCCUUUUUUCACAAUCCUCUACCUUUUUAUAGGAAUGGAUAAAGGAACAGCAGAUCAUUUAGCCGCCUGGGACCUAAUGGAUCGCAUUUUAUCCAGCGGUUUGCACGUGGCACGUUUGAAGACUGAAAAUCUGUUUCGCUUGUUUUAUCCCAAGCCACGUGAUUUAAACGUAACAUAG